GGUGAAUUGAGUUAUUGCACACAGAGUAGGCGUUCCCUAACGGAAAUAUGCAGAUAUCUUCUUGAACGGGCCAAUAGAAAGGAGGGUGCGGGGCCGUGGGUAUCAGUGAAGGCUUUAUUGAUUUUGUCCUGAAAUGAAGUUACUAAAAGUAAAUGUAAGUUAUGUAAGUGCAGUGCCAUGUUUGGUGGAGCACAGAGAACAAGGAGUGUAAACGUUAGACCGGAACACAGACCAGCCGUCCGCUAGAUGGCAGUGUAUUCCUAACUCUCUCCUCAAGCUGCACUUUGCCCUGCAGCCGAGCAACAGGUAAACACGGAAGUAACGCACUUGCUGCCAACAAAAAUACAUUUUAAAAAAAUCAAUAAUUUGACCGUUAAAACAUCUGCAUGAUGUCAUGAUUUUGUCCAUAAAUACACACAUAUUUAACUUAUUUAGUGAGGUCGUUAUUGAGCGUUAAAGUUUACAGGACAAUGUAUAAUAAAGCGUCUGGAUAUCAGUCUCUACCGCAACGAGAUUUGCUCACUGCCAAACCGGGGUUGUUCGUGGCGACAGAAAGCUUCGUCCAAUCUCCAUUCCACCAUCAUAAAGGACAUUCGUUUGACUACAUCCCCAAUGUUAGAGACAACGACUACAGUGACUCCACUCAGGGAUGGCUGUCCUGGAUCUGCAAUGUUAUUGUCUGCUUCAUGGUCUAUGUCUGCACCUUCAUAACCUUCCCCAUAUCAGGCUGGUUCGUACUGAAGGUUGUCCCUAACUACCAGCGCAUCGUAGUGUUUCGUCUGGGCAGAGUACGUCCUCCUAAAGGGCCAGGGGUGGUGUUGCUUCUGCCUCUUAUUGACCAAUGGCAGAGAGUUGACCUACGAACCCGGGCCUUCAACAUCCCUCCAUGCCAGGUUACUACCAGGGACGGAGGUGUGGUGUCUGUAGGGGCAGAUAUUCAGUUAUAUAACCCUCUCUAUAACAGGUUACUACCAGGGACGGAG